ACCCCAGGCCCCAGCAUCGCCCUCAACGUCUCCCCCUCCUGCUCCCACCCCGGGCUCUGAAGCCAGGAAACCCAAGAGGAAAUGACUGAGCCCGUCUCGGUCCCCGCCCGCCAGCGCGCUCCCCUGGCCACACCCUCCGCCUGGACGCAGCCGCCGCCGCUGUCCUCUCCUCACGAGGCUGCAGGCUCGGGACCCCCGGCUCUGACGUGAGUGUCUCCUCCGACCCUCCUCUAUCCGCUCCCCUCUGCCCAGGCGCCGGGCUCAGAUGUCGCCCUCUGGUCGCCUGUGUCUCUUCAUCACCGUUGGCCUGAUUCUCCCCACCAGAGGACAGAUAUCAAAGGAGGCCAUAACUCCAGCAGAUCCAGCAACUGAAAUCAUUGAUGUCCUUACUCCAGCCCUAGAAGCAACACCGAAGCAGACAGAGACUCAGACCCAGCAAACGACAGAAACGGAGGUGCUUCUAACAACAGGUCAGGGGACAGACAAGCGUACCACGCAAGGCUCUACGCCCUCCAAGACGAAAUCCCCUGCCAAUCCUACUCACGGCUCCACGCCCUCCAAGACACAAUCCCCAAGCAGAGACGAGAGGAGGGACUCCAUCCUCAGACAGCCUGGUUCAAAGGAGGAUGACCCCUUCUUCUAUGACGAGGACACUCUCCGGAAACGGGGGCUGAUGGUGGCAGCAGUGUUGUUCAUCACAGGCAUCGUCAUCCUCACCAGUGGCAAGUGCAGACAGUUGCCCAGAUUGUGCUGGAAUCGUGACAGAUGAGUCCGUAGGAAGCAGGGGCUGACGACCUAAUGGGCACCCCGAGACUGAGCCCCCACUGGCUCGCUGUGACCUUGCAGGACCUACAACAAAGCCCAGCCUGAGAGAGAAGAGGUGGAUGGAGCCAGAGCCAGGACUGAUGGCCUGAGCCCCUGCUCUCCCAGCCUUGCCUGCUGAGGACUGCCUGCCCCCCGCCCCCCAUUUAUCCCCUGUGUUCAGACAGGAAGUAAAGCCCUGCGUUCUCUGUC